AACUCCUGAGCUGGCAGGUUAAAAGUCAGAGAUGUGGCUGCCUGUGUUUGUCCUGUCGUAACUCUAACGCCAUAAUGUCGCUGUCAUGGCUCAGCGGCUCUGUUCUCACAGGUGUAAACACUGCAGCUUUACUAGCUUUCCUGUUGUUGUCUUGCUUACUGGUUGUGUACCAGAAGAAGCGGGACUCGCUGUAUAGAAACAUUCCUCCAGGGCCGAAGCCAUGGCCAGUGGUCGGCAACUUCGGCGGGUUUCUCGUCCCGUCUUUCCUCCAGAAGAGAGGCGGACAGCAGGCAGCCAGCAGCCCUGCUAGCCCCAUGGAGGCUUUUGCAGCGCUGAGCAGGACUUACGGUAACGUGUACAGCCUGUUUGUGGGGACUCAGCUCAUGGUGGUGUUAAAUGGCUACGAAGCGGUGAAAGAUGCUCUGUCAAACUACCCACAGGUGUUCUCAGACAGACCUGACAUCCCUGCUAUCACCAUCAUGACGAAACGCAAAGGGAUUGUUUUUGCACCUUAUGGGCCAGUAUGGAGAAAACAACGCAAGUUCUGCCACGCAGCACUGCGAAGCUUUGGCCUUGGAAAGCUGAGUCUGGAGCCUUGCAUCCAGCAAGGCCUCACCACCAUCAAAACAGAGCUGCUGCAGCAGAACAAGAAGAACGGCGGCACCGGUGUGGACCUGGCUCCUCUGGUCACCAACGCCGUGUCAAACGUCAUCUGCUCGCUGAUCCUGGGUCAGCGCUUCCAUCACGAGGAUCGCGAGUUCCGCGCCAUGCUGGACCUGAUGGUGCGUGGGCUGGAGAUCUGUGUGAACAGCCCUGCAGUCCUCAUCAACGUCUUUCCACUGCUCUACCAUCUGCCUUUUGGGGUCUUCAAGGAGUUACGGCAGGUGGAAAAAGACAUCACGGUGUUUCUGAAGAGGUUUAUCACACAGCACCGUGAAACACUAGAUCCUGACAAUCCUCGGGAUCUUGUAGACAUGUACUUGAUGGAGAUGUUGGCCCAGCGAGAUGCUGGAGACGAGGACAGUAGCUUCAAUGAGGAUUAUCUCUUUUAUAUUAUAGGAGAUCUCUUCAUUGCUGGCACUGAUACAACCACUAAUUCAGUUUUGUGGUUUCUGCUCUACAUGAUCUUGCAUCCUGAUGUUCAAGACAAGGUCCAGGCAGAGAUUGAUGAAGUCGUGGGCAAACAUCGGGUCCCGUCUCUGACUGAUAAAGGAAGUUUGCCUUUUACUGAAGCCACCAUCAUGGAGGUGCAAAGACUGACUGUAGUGGUUCCACUGGCUAUUCCUCACAUGGCCUCAGAGACAACAGUGUUCAAAGGCUACACCAUACCCAAAGGAACCGUUAUUGUGCCCAACCUGUGGUCUGUCCACAGAGACCCCACUGUGUGGGACAAUGCAGACAGUUUCAAUCCUGCACGCUUUUUGGACGAUAAGGGAAAGUUGUUAAGGAAAGAGUGUUUCAUGCCAUUUGGGAUUGGUCGCAGGGUGUGCAUGGGCGAGCAGCUGGCAAAGAUGGAGCUUUUCCUCACGGUCACCAACUUACUGCAGGCCUUCAGAUUCAGACACCCAGAGGGAACGCCUCCUCCUUCCCUGCACGGACGCUUCGGCCUGACGCUAGCACCUUGUCCAUACACUGUGUGUGUGAGUGCUCGCACUUAACUGUGCAACGGAUUCUCUGUAAGCUGGCUGCUCUGAUAAGAAGGAGGUUACACAAGUCCAAAACUGCUGAUCAUGGUCUCCUGCAGAGACGCUGUAAUAUAUUCUUUUAGCUAGAGUGUGGUUCCUCUAUAUGUGUGACAUCACAGAUUAUUUGAUUUCUUUCUUAAGUUAUAGAUGAAAUUAUAUAGAUCGUUUCCCUGAUUCCCUUAUUCAAGCAGUUGUGUUUAUAAAAUUUCAAAAUGACAAAUACUGAUCAGAAAUGAGAAACUAUCAAACUUGGUCAUGUUUAGUAUUUUCCAUUUUUGUUAAUGGGCUAAUAAAUAAUAAUGUCAAGAUACCAAGUGAUUUUCUGCACUGAUAUUUUUGAUCAGUUAUUGUUUGAUGCUUUACCAUAUAAUAUGUAUAAAUAAUAGUUUAUUUUUCUGCUAAAGCAUUUCAAAACAUAUUUCCUAACAGUCUUGAUGUAUGUUUUUUUGUUUUUUGUUUUUUUUAAUUUGUAAAAUAAAAUAUUGUAAUAAUAAUGAUUUUAUUGUAUCUUGAGUUAUGAAUCUAUAUUUUUAGCUCUAUUUUGUACUCUUUUUAUUGACUUUAGGGGAGGAUUUUUGGCAGCUCUGUGGAGAAUUUAUCAAGUAACAUUUUUUUUUUGUCAGGACAGUGGAACAAAUAUUUACAAGAAACUUUGUUACUUUUGUCUCUGACACGAAUGUAUUUUAUCUGUUGCUGAGAAAUGCAAAUGCCUGGGAUACAGUUAUUUUCUCAAAACCAGACCGACACU